AUGAGCUCGCCUAAGAGAGGGGACCUGUCCGCAUGCGAGAGGAAGAUCCUGCAGGUGAUUGAUGCAGGUGACGUGCACGAGGCUGCUAAGCUGCUCGCAAGCAGAGAAGUACGGGCGAACUGUCUGGACGAGUAUGGCAUGACUCCGCUGAUGCAUGCAGCUUACAAGGGCAAGGCUGACGUGUGCCGGCUGCUGCUGCAGCACGGGGCGGAUGUCAACUGCAACCAGCACGAGUACGGAUACACCGCCCUCAUGUUCGCCGGUCUGUCAGGAAACACAGACAUAACCACUAUGAUGCUGGAUGCUGGGGCAGAAACAGACCUAGUGAACUCUGUGGGUCGCACCGCUGCCCAGAUGGCGGCGUUUGUGGGCCAACAUGACUGCGUGACUGUGAUCAACAACUUCUUUUCCCGGGCGAGGUUGGAGUACUAUACUCGGCCCCAGGGGCUGGAGAGAGAACCCAAAUUGCCCCCCAAACUUGCAGGCCCCCUUCACAAGAUCAUCAUGACAACUAACCUCAAUCCUGUCAAGAUGGUGCUGCUGGUGAAGGAAAACCCUCUGCUGGUGGAUGUGGCGGCUCUGGAGAAGUGUUACCGUGUGAUGGACCUGUUGUGCGAGCAGUGUGUGAAGCAGCAGGACAUGAACGAGGUCCUGGCCAUGAAGAUGCACUACAUCAGCUGUGUGCUGCAGAAGUGCCUGGCCUUCCUGCAGGAUCGCGAUGACAAACUAGAUGCACUUGUAAAGAGCCUGCUGAAAGGAAGGGAUAGUGAUGGCUUCCCACAGUACCAGGAGACGUUUAUUCGGGACUGUAUCAGGAAGUUUCCGUUCUGUGACGCCACCCUCCUCCAGCAGCUGGUCAGAAGUAUUGCACCGGUGGACAUUGGCAACGACCCAACAGCCUUUUCCGUUUUAACCCAAGCCCUGACAGGCCAGAUGGCCUUUGUUGAUGCUGACUACUGUGUCACAUGUGGAGAGAAGGGUGCCGAGAUCAGAUGCUCCCUUUGCAAAUCAGUGACAUACUGUAGUUUGACAUGCCAAAGGCUCCACUGGUUCACCCACAAGAAGAUGUGUAGAUCUGCUCUGGAGCGAGGCACGGACCAGGAGAAGGAAACUCCCAGGUUGAAAGAGCUCAAAGAUGAUGAGAGCGACCUGGUGAAGGAGACAGCCAACUUUCUCCAGGAGUUGUGUCUGAGGGCUGAGGAGAAAGUGGCAGCUGCCGGAGGCUGUCCUGCAGAGCUGCUGGGCUUUCCAUCCACCUCCGCUGCGGGAACCUCCAGCAGCCAGGACUGA